UCUAACAGUCCAAGUCAUCUGUGCCGGGGAGUGGAUUCAUUCUUGACAUCAUUUGAACUGAGGAUAUCACUUACUUUGAUUCUUAUUGCAUCACUUUGUCAGUCUUUUAGUGAGCCUUUUUACUUUCUCUUUUCAAUGGAAAAUAGUUGGCCAAUGAGGCAGAAAUGUACAGUAUACAAUUAGCAGAGUUAUAAUUCCAUUCCUGCACAAAAACAUGUUUCUAUUACAGCACAUGCAGUACAUUUUUAUGUUUUUUUUUAUGCUGGCCUUACUUUGGAAUGCCGAGCAAAGAUUAAACAAAUUGGCCACCGUGCUGCAUGUCUUAAAAUAGCCCUAGGACACGGCUGAGAGGCUUUAACCUUAGCUUGGACAAUGACGGAAACAAACAGGGUGCUCUUUCUGAAUCGGCUGCAAUGUGAGAAAUAAGCCACUCAACAUGAGCAACACACCCACUCAGGAGAAGACCCUCCAGGGGAUUUCCUCAGCCAGUGGCCACACGUUACCCUCCCGAUCAGUACAGCCCACGUCGGACCCCUCAGUGCCUAAGAGGCUGUGCUUCUACAAAAGCGGCGAUCAUAAAUUCAGCGGACAUCGCAUGGUCAUCAAUGCCCGCACCUUCAAAACUUUCGAUUCCCUCCUCGACACCCUCUCCAAAAAAGUGCCUCUGCCCUUCGGAGUUCGGACCAUCACCACACCUCAAGGGACCCACCUUGUGAAAGGAUUGGAUGACUUACAGGACGGGGGGUCCUAUCUGUGUUCUGACCAGAGGCGGGUCAAGCCGCUCAACCUGAAGGAGGUGAAUCGACGGCAGGUCCCCUGGAACACCCCGAGAGCCUUCAGUGCAGGUCGGCGGAGGCGCCAGCGGCUCCAGUUUGGCUUCUUUGGGAGGGGGGAUGAAACCAGCAACAGGCCGGCGAAGAUGACAGAGCGGGUGGCUGUAAGAACGCCGAGGAGGCUGGUGGUCAUCAAGAACAAGGAUCCCACAGUUAGACGCACGAUUGUGCUGCAGAAACGGACGGCGCCGACCUUUGACGCUUUGCUGGACUACCUCUCCCAGAUUUUGCAGUUUCCAGUGCUGAAAUUAUACUCUGUCGAUGGCAGAAGAAUUAGAGGUCUGGCGGCCCUAAUCUUGUGCUCUGGAUUCAUCGUGGCAGCAGGAAAUGAACCAUUCAGACUAGGCAACCACAGCUUUCAUAGAACAAGCCAGAUGGUCCAGACGAUGUUCAUGGAAGCAACAUCUACGCUACAAGCUCGAGCUUACAAAAACAAAUCACUUUCUAGUGGAAGAGGCUCCAGGAACUUCUCCUUAUCAUCUGAGAAAUACAUCAUCAACCAGAUAAGCAAGUCUCGAAACGGAAGUGCGGACAGCCACGAGCAUCACAGCACCGGAUCGCCUGAAUUCAGCAGUGCAUGCUUGGAGGCAUGUGGAACCGCGAGGGCGGCUAAUGAGCAACAUGCCUGCAUCUUACCUCACGACGACGACAUCGAGAAAUCCUUUCGAGUGAAUCAAGAUGGCAGCAUGACGGUGGAGAUGAAAGUCCGCCUCACCAUCAAGGAGGAGGAGAUGCUCCACUGGACUACCACGGUCAGCCGGUCCAGCUUUAGGAGGAGGACAGUUCAUGCCUCAGUAACUGAGUCAGGCAACAUCUCACCCGAAUCAAACAUCUACAUUGCCAAAGAGCCCUCAAACAUAUGCAAAGAUGAGGCAAAACAGAAAAAUCAGCCUUCCACAAAUGGAGGGGUCGUCCGUUUUAAUGACACAGAGAAAUCAAGAGCUUCAAGAAAAUUUUUUGGACGGACUCCGACUCCUGGUCCCUGUAGUGUGAAGAAGCAGGCGUCUGUUGAGAGUGUGAAGAUGCUGACCGAGUCUGGCGUCCAAGAGAGCACCCUGGGCCAUUAUUCCUAUACGGAAAAGACUACUGAAGAACACAAAACUGAGGGAUACUGCAUGGUAAGACACAGCAGCAACAGCACCCAACCUGUCCCAAAGCCUCGAAAGACUGUUCUGGAAAGAGCAAGGGACAGCACCUCCUCCCUUAAAUCCACAGAAGUUGCAGAGGUACUCAAGAUAGAAAAUAACGGGAUGGAAUUUAAAGAGACUGUCAUGCAUGUUUAUGAGAGUCAAUACAAUAAUUACCUUGUAAAUGAGGCGUAUGGUGCAGACAAUGAACCUUUGCAUUGUUCCUCAGCAGUGCCACAAAGCAACUCGUCUACUGCCUCAAAGCCUCCGUCCAGCAAUGACAUUGACUUUAGCUGGCAGCAACCUACUGCUGACUCACUCCAAAGACAGACAGAGGAGAUGCUAUCGUUGUCGUCAGAGCCACUGGCAAAAAGUCUUUUUUCUGUGUCUAAGAAUGAAACCAAAACUGAAAAGAUCCCAUCGACUCGGCUCCAGAAAAACACGGACACAAAAAAGGCCUCACAGUCAAGUUUAUCAGGGAAAAAACAUAACUCUGGCCCCAAUACGACACAAGGAAGACUCUCAAAGCAAGGUAAAAUUCCAUCAGCUGACAAGAUCAUCAACCAUGCUAGUGGGGGAAAAAAGAGUUCAUCGGAAAGUGCUAAAAGUGGUCAAAACAGGAAAGUAGACUUGACAAGUACCAAGGAGCAAAACAUGAAUAAAGCACCUGUUAAGGACAAUGGCCACAAUGUCAAUACCCCAUCUGUAAGGCCCGUGAUGAAGAAGAAUGUCUCGGAUCUUCUAAAACUCAAAAAAUCCCUUAGUUCAAGAAAAAAGACCAAAUCCACAAAUGGCAACAGGAUAUCAUUUUCAGAGUUGAAUCAAAGUGUUUCAAAGAUUUCUGUCAACCCAACCCCAUCAGAAAUCCACAAGUAUGUCGAGAACUGGUUAGAGGAGGUAACUCCUGACCCAGUGACCUACAUAGAGAAGGGAACAACACACGAGACAGAACAACAGACAAGGGUUUUAUUUCAGAUAGGUUGUGAUUCGGAAACAGAGGAAAAGAACGAAACCCAAACUGAUCCAGAAGACUACUGUCUGUCACAUUGUGAUGAUUUGACAAAGGUGUCGUCUUGUCUAUCGGUUCCUCUUUGCCAUGAAGGACCAACGAUUGCACAGUGGCCAAAUGAACCGAAACCGAGAUGUGAUUCAGUACUAAGUGCCACAGUUGAACCUGUCCACCAAAAGAACGACAUUGGAUUAAAUCAAUCAACCGAGUCAACUGAUUCAGCCGACAAUGAGUCCCCCCAAGGGGCAGAGGAAAAGAUAAAAACAGUCUUGCAGCAACUGUGUUCAUCAAUUCAGUCCACCCACAAAUCAGUCAGUCCUCUUGAGUUUUCAUCCAAUGUGGCUUUAUUGAUUUGCUCGUCAUGCAAAGCCUUCUUAUCAUUUUUGUCAGUGACCACUUUGAGAGACAGUCUACAGUACAAUGAUGCCACUGAGGCCAUGCUAAUUGUAAAAUCCCUGCAAGAAAUCUCUGUCAUCGAGGACCAGAAUGAGCAACUUGCAAGACUGACUGAUUUGCACAGUGGAGCGUCUUCGCAGUUAAUGAAGUGCUGGACAGAUUUCCAGACAUGGAGGGAAAAGAUGGAGACUGAAUAUCUUGUUGCCAAAUUUCUAGAAGCCCCAGAUGCAGUUUGUGAAAGGAUAGAUGCGUUUGACAUCCAGGGUUUGGGAGUCAGUGAGCUAAUGAAAGAGAUGAAUAUGCCGUACAACCUCAGAGCAGAGAUUUCUUCAGGGAUUUUUCAGGGAUUUUUUUUACCUCUUGAACAACGGUGUACUGAAAUAAACCACUCAGAUGUGGAGAAGGUUGUGCAGGACUGUCACACUGAAUCGAAACAAUGGUUUGAUAACGCUUGCAAUAAUGAAAACCCAAUUGGUAAAAAUGACGCUGAGGAGAUGGCACCCAUGAUAGCUCAGUCUGAGGAAAAACCAGUUCAGGAAGGAGGUCACAAUACAGAAGAAUCAGAAGUAUUAAAGGUAGAGACAGAUGAGUUCUCAGUAGACAAGGAAAAUGCAGCAGUGGCAAACGGAGAAGACCACAUGGAGCAGGGUGAGAAAGCAAUGGUUGAAGGCAAGAAAGAUCAUGAUAGAGGGGAGACUAAACUGAAAGAAACUGAAGAGGACACAGGGGAGGAAACAGUGACAGAAGAUGAUAACGGACAAAAAGAAAGUGAAGCAGACACCGUACAGGAAGACGAAUCAGGUGAGGAAGAAGAGGAGAAAAAAGCAGGAGUAGCUGUUUCAGAGGAUGGAACAAUAGAUGAGGAACAAGAAGGAGCAGGAGAAGGUAGUGUUGAGACAGAUGUAAAUGUAAAGUGUGAAAUGGAGGACCAGAGGGAAGAUGCAGUGGCAGAGGAUGAGGAGGGGAGUAGUGAGGAAAGGCAAGAGGAUAAGGACAAUGGAGUAGAAAAAGAGGAUGAAAACAUCAGGGAAGAAAAUGUGGAGGAGCCUGUUGCGAUGGUCGAAGAAAUGAACGACGAGAGGGAGAAAAACAUAGAAGAGAUAGAAGAAACUGAAGCCAUUAGGGAGGACAACAAUAAGAGGGGGAAGGGUGAUAGUCAUGCUUCUGGACCUUUAACAGAUGAGAAAGAAGUCCAUCCUGAUAUAAAACAGAAAGAGAAUCUGGCUGAGGAUGAGGUGGCAGAGAAACAAUCUGCAGAAGGGAUCCCUCCUGUAGAUGAAGUGAAGCUGCCUAGUCAGGGACUAACUGAAGUGGAGAGAACAGACGAUGAUGAUGAAGUUGAGGAUUUACAUGAGGGAUGUUGCGAACCUAAUCAAGAGGGAGAAGACACAGGAAGUGUCUCUGAUAAAACAAUGUGUAAAAGUCCACAGAGGAAGUCCAGUGAGGAAGACCAGCAUAGAAGCAUGGAAGCAAACAUGGAAGUAGAACAUAGCAAAGAAUCACCUCUGAAAUAUUUGUCUGAUGAACGCUGUGAGGAGGGCGCAGCCGAUGAAAAUGAGGCAGGGCUGCAGCAUCAUCGAAGAAGCAACAUCCUGAGCCACCCAGUCGAAAUAUCACAAGAACUACUGGACUUUGUCAAUUCUGCACUGCAGUCUUCCUCGCUCAUAUUUACCUACGACAAUCGCGGCAACGCUAGAAUAGAGCUGGAUCGUGCUGAAAUCACCGAAACAAAGCAAACUCAAAUUCCCCAGAACCAAAGGGAUUGGCUGUAUGGUUCAAAAUGCCUUCCGAGCCCAAUCACCUCUGAUUUGUCGGACUACAGACCAGAAAGUUUGGAGAGUGGUGGAUAUCAAAAUCAGGACUCUGUAGACAUUGUUUCGGAGAGUAGUGAAGACACUUCAGACGGAGAAAAUCUGGAAAAAAACUCCAAACUAUCUGUGGCAAGUAAUUCAGAAGGUAUAAAAAGAGGAGGGAGUUUGUCUUCUUGUGACUCCCUCGCCAAAGCCUCAAUGGAGCUUCUGUCUUAUUGCAGCAAAGUAAGCUCAUUAAAGGCUGAUAAUGACCCAGAAACUGAGGCAAAACACAACCACCACCCCAAUGACGGCGUCUUGAUUGACCAGGGUCGAUGGCUGCUCAAGGAAAACCACCUCAUAAGGAAUUCUCCUCCAGUCUCUGACGGCAUGUAUCGGGAUUUGGACAGCAGUUCGGGUCAGGAGAACUCAAGUGAGGACUCCCCGACUUACCUUGUAAGCCAGCACACACCCCUCACGGUUAUAUCCUCAUCAGAGCUGGAGGAAAUGGCCAAACCUCAACCUCCAAAGUGCAGCUACUUCACCAUGCCCCACGGAAGUGAUUCGGAUCCUUUCUCAGAGGAUGCCAGUGACAGAAGCAGAAACAAAGACUCAGGCAGCCUGAAAGGGAAAGGCUUCAGGGUGUCGCCUACUAUUGACACCUCCAAAACGUGGGCAAAUAAGAACGGCAGAGUUUCUUCGUUUGUGUCGGUGGAGUUUCGAGCACCAGGCAUAAAAGUGCAUCCUGAGGGAGGGGAGUCCUCCUCAACUGGGGCAGAACCAAGAGGGACAUCUAGUGGUAGAGGGGCAGUACUGCAGUCACAAGACUCCUCGGAUGCAAUGCAUGUGAGAUGUGGACAGUACUGUCCAAUUCUAUGACUAGAACUAAUCUUACCUGUGAUUAUUUCUGGUUCAAUAACACAUUUGAAAGACUUUGUUGAUAUCUUUUGUCCUUGCAACACACAUCCUGCCAAAAAUGGUCAUGUUCAUUCCAUUACACUGCCUUGUUUUUUAAUGCUUGGUGCUUUAAUGUUUCUUUGAUACUAUACACAACAUUGACCCGUUUUUAAUUAUAUUUUAUUAUUAAGGAUGAUAAACUAAGGACUGAUGAGUGACAAAAUGUGAUGUUAUGCUGAAUGAAUAUGUAAAUGAGUCAAUAAAGUAUUUUUCUAGUACAAGUGCCUUUUAUAUUUAUUCUUAUUAGAACACUGUCCUUUUCCCACCUUGGGUGGCAAAUAUGAUAACAUGAUAAGUAUUCAGACUGCUCCUGCCUUCAGCAACGUUGGGGACUCAUGACUUUCAUAAGAUUGGCAACAGCAGAACAUGUGACUUCUAAACGUGCAUACAACUUGAUUGCAGUUUGCUGUCAAUAAAUGGACUUUAUGGAAAAACAAUGUAAAUGAUUUGAAUGUAAUUUGUCGUCUUCCUCCUUGAUGGGUUCAGUUCACUUCGCCCCUGUAGAGGCAAUAUGGAGGUGGGUGUCA